UCCUACGAGCCGAACAGGACCGCCUCACAGCUCAACAUGUCGUGAUAACUGUUCAUCUAGUUAAAUCAAAAAAUAUGACGGGGAUUUCGAAUAAACUUCACUUCUCGUUUGUUUUAUUUUUUAUGUCCUAUCAUUUGGAUGUUUUGAGGUUUUCGGCUGUGACCGCUCAAGAAAAUGAUGAGUCACUGGAGCUCAUGCUGCCAGAGGAUGCGGUGUCCGACUUGGAAAACAGCCCCAAGUUUGUGGAGUCAGAAGACCUGGACUCUCUGCCGAAGAGGCAGUUCAAGACAGCUGAGAUCGCAGAUGCAGUGAUGGGAACCGAAGCUCCCAUCGAUCCAUCCGACAUCGAGUCCCUAUUCCCCAAAAAUGUGAAAGACUUCCAGUCAGGCUUCUCUCCACCUUGUGAUGAGAACAGCGCUCAGUGCGGUUCAGCUGCUCUGGCUGCUAAAGAAGCCUCACAGGAGGACAGCAGCGAAACGUCACAGCAGAUCACUCUUGACAUAGUGCGUGCGGACAUCACGCCAACCGAAGAGCAGAACACCACAGAGACCGCCAAGACGUAUAAGGUCAACUGCGACAAGAGGAACAUCACAGGAAUGGACAUUUUUACUGUGCAGGUCCUCAACGCGUCACAGGACCUGAUGGAGUUCCUAAACGCUAACAGCACAGAGUGCUCCGUGGUGCUGUUCUUCACCGCCUGGUGCCAGUUCUCAGCCAGCCUGGCACCUCACUUCAAUGCUCUGCCGCGAGUCUUUCCCAGCAUGCACUUCCUGGCUCUGGAUGCCUCUCAGCACAGCAGCCUCUCCACGAGGUUUGGGACUGUGGCAGUGCCCAACAUCCUGCUGUUCCAGGGGGCCAAACCCAUGGCUCGCUUCAACCACACCGACAGAACACUGGAUACGCUCACCUCCUUCAUCGCUAACCAGACAGGGUUUGAAGUCGGCCCCGACAAAAACGUGACAGAUACAGACCGUCUCGGCCCUCUCCCAAGCGUCCCAGUGAAAAGCAUCGACUGGCUGCUGGUCUUCUCUGUCCUCUUCAUCACAGGCUUCACUAUGUACGCCAUCCUGCGGACAGACAGCAUCCGCUGGCUCAUACCGGGACAGGAGCACGAGCAUCAGGACUGAAAACACAGACUGCAAGUCACUGGAUGUAAACGAUUAUUUGAUUAAUGAUUUAGUUUGUUAUUGAAAUUAACAAAUGCUAAUUUGCUUUUGUUUCAAGUGUUGGAUGAACAAAAUAAACUCAUUUGAGCCAUUGUGAUUUCUAAUUAA